CGAGGCUUUCACACCGCUCACACUCACAUCGGUGAGGUGAGCGUGCGAGUGAAUCGCCCCUCGCGGCGACGACAACGAUCGAAGGGGUUGAUGCGCCCCCGAAAUAAUGGGGCAGACCGAAAGUAGAGACGAAGGCGCCGAAGACGACCCAGAGAAAUACGAUUCUCGUAGGAGCUCUGAUAAUUUGACCGAUAGUGAGGUGGCCUGCGAAGAAGCGGCCCGUCUAACAGCAGAACAACAAGAAGGAGAUGAAGACGAUUUGUCUUACUGCGACUACCACGACUUACCGCCACCCCCCGACGGCGGUUACGGGUGGGUGGUGGUAUUCGCUUCCUUUAUGUGCAACAUGAUUGUGGAUGGUAUCGCUUAUACUUUCGGUGUUUUCCUGCGACCUAUGACAGAGUAUUAUGGUGAAACUAAGGGUAAAACAGCAUGGGUUGGCUCUCUACUCUCAGGAAUGUACCUCAGCGCCGGACCACUAGUGAGCGCCCUAACAAACAAAUUCGGAUGUCGUGCAGUAUGCAUAGCUGGCAGUUUAAUAUCAACGGUAGCCUUCGUCUUGUCAAUUUUUUGCACGUCCGUAAACUCGUUAAUGUUAAUAUACGGUUUCUUCGGCGGUUUAGGUUUCGGCUUGAUUUACUUGCCAGCGGUAGUAUGUGUGGGCUACUAUUUCGAAACAAAACGGUCGUUAGCUACCGGCAUAGCGGUGUGCGGGUCUGGGGUUGGUACGUUUGCGUUCGCACCGCUAGCGGACAUUUUGCUGCAAGAGUACGGAUGGCGCGGCGCGAAUUUGAUUUUAGCCGGGUUUAUAUUGAAUUGUGUCUUGUUCGGUGCGUUGAUGCGUCCGUUGACGUAUCCGAAAGAGUCCGGCGAGAAACCGCUGCUGCAACGGAUGGCCGAAGAGAGGAGGAUCCAGAUGGAGCGCGGCAGCAUUGCCGGUUCGUAUUUCAUGGUUCAGUUACCUGACGGAACGAUGGAGAAGAGGAUGAAACAACCGUUAAACAUCGAUCCAGGUGUCCACUCGAGUCUGAAUUUGGACCAGUUAGCACCAGGAACGCCAAUAACACCGAUUCCAACCGUUCCUACUCUUCCAACCAUCGCCGAAGUAAAAGUGACAGAACAAAGCAGUUCGGGUAGUCCCAGUCCUAGAGAGAGCCAAGCAGAAAUCAAACAUCCAAGACUAUCAGAACUGAAAAGCCAAGUCACCAGCAACGGGGAGGGAAAAGAUCCGAAAUUGCCUAGGAACGCUAGUCAACCGGCGUUUUCGUCUCAAAUUCCAGGUUUGCCCAAAAACGGCUCGGUGCCAACCUUCGAUCGUAUCAGAAAAACGUCAGUUAGUGAAAAAUUCAAACCAACAUUGGAUCCAAUCAAAUCGGCUUCAAGAGGCAAACUAGGAUCCAAUGCUGACAUGAGAAGGCUCAGAAACACUUCCACAGGCUCAUUUUUAAGUCGAAAUAAUAAUAGUGAAGUAGAUGUAGAAAGUUUAGGAUUUACCACAUCAAAAAUGUCUUUGGCUAGUAGAAAAGGCAACAUGGUCAGACCGUUGUCUAGAAAAGACAUUUUCUAUUCGGGCUCAAUUACAAAUUUACCCGAAUUCCAUCAGUCUCAGAAAUCGUUAACGAAUUACCGUCAAAGUAUUAUGAGUAUUCCUAAAAUGAAACAGUUGGACGAUGGAUCACCUGCCGAUAUUUGUCCAUGCCUUGCCUUACCAGAUAGCUUUAAGACUGCCCUAUCUCAAAUGAUGGAUAUGAGUUUGUUGAAAGAUCCAGUGUUCAUGUUUAUAGCAAUAUCUAAUUUUUUCGGUAUGGCCGGAUUGUACGUGCCGUUUGUGUACCUGACCGACUGCGCAAUAGCUGACGGUAUAGAACCAACCAAAGCAUCAUUUCUAAUCUCAAUUAUCGGUAUAACCAAUACCUUUGGUCGAGUCGCUUGCGGAUACUUCGCCGAUUUUCCUCAAGUCAACGCUCUUUUAGUUAACAAUAUUUGCCUUAUCAUUUCUACUAUUGCCGUAGCCGCUACACCGUUGUGCCAUACUUACGCCGCCUACGUAGUUAUGGCUGUUGCCUUUGGAAUUGCCGUCUCCGGCUAUAUUUCCCUUACCUCAAUUAUCCUUGUGGAUCUUCUCGGAUUGGACAAACUCACCAACGCUUUCGGACUUUUGAUUUUGUUCCGUGGAGCUGCCGCGAUUGUGGGUUCGCCAUUAGCCGGGUGGUUGUUGGAUACUUUUGGAUCGCACGAUAUUGCCUUUUACGUGGCUGGUGGACUUUUCGGUUUGUCGGCUGUUACCAGUUUUCUUGCCCCUUACAUGAAACGGUUUGGUAGCGAGGAGGAACCGAUCCAGGGUGAUGGAGACGCACUUACGCCAAUAGACGAAGACGAUGAAGAAGAUGAACCAAUCACGAUGGGAGGCAAACGUCCUCUGCCGAAAAUAAUCGAAACUCAAGUCAGUCCGAACGAAAAAGAAAUAAAACAAAUCGAGUCUGUUUUAUAGGAAAACAAAUUUGGGGGGUGCUAGUCGUAUAAUUAAAUUGUAAGGAAGCCAACCGGAUGUCUUGCACAAAUAAAUAAAAAAUUCUGAGCAAAAUGUGAUAAUAGGUCUGUUCGAACAUGGUGGUGUGAUAAUAAUAAAUUUAAUUAAUCAAUGGGCCUAUCAAAUUUAUUUUAGAAGUAAUUGCUUUAUAGGUAUUUGUGUAAGACAUUUUCAUUGUAUAAUUUGUAUAUUUAAUAAAUGUAUGUUUGCGGUAUAUAAUUUUUAAAAAAUGUAAAACGCUCUUGAAUUUUAGAGCGUGUGUUAUAUUCAAGUAUAUGUCACUAUUUUAGAUUUUUAGAAGAUUGAUUUUUUUUUUGGUCAGUAUGACAAAACCUGAUGAACAUAUAAUAAUUAAUUGUCAAUUUAAUUGAACGAUCAAAAAGAAAAACUUCUGAAAUAUAAGUUGUAAUGUGCAAAAUGAUGUAUUUUUCAUAAUGUUGUACUUAAGUAAUGCCUAAAUAAAUGUAAGUGAAUGUAAUAAAUUUUUGUUUUAAGAUAAUAAAGCUCUCAUUUUCCACUUAAAAAAAAAAUCCUCCAAUAAUGAAGCACAAAAUUUCAAAUUGUUAGAUGUAAUUUUCAGUAUAAAAUUUACAUAAACUUUUAUGUAGGUACUUAUAUUAUGUCAAUGCUGACUAUUAUUUUUUCAUAAUACUUUUGGGAUUAUGAAGCUAUUUUUGUUGGUCUCAGAUUUCAUUUAUAAAACCUAAUUUCUUGUACAUGGAAAAUUAGUAUUUUAUAAAUAGCUUGUACCUAUAUCACUAGCAAGCUAAGAUAAGUGAAACAAAGUGCAGAUGUAAGUCAUGACAAAUUAUCCACUAUUUUAUAAGAUACAAAUAAUAUUUUGGCUGCCAAUUUUACUUAAAUGAAAGCAAAAAUGUACAUACACUUUAAUUUAAAUAGUAUUGACUUUAAGACUGCCUUUACAAAUAAAAAUAUUUUAUUAUCGUAAUUUUCGCUUUCGAAUUUUUGCUAUUGGAAGGGAAAGCUGGUAUUGAAUGAUUUGCAACAACAACCCUUUGUGAAAUCUGAAAAUUAUUUUCAAUCAAUUUUAUUGUGCACCAAUAUUAUUAUGCCAAAAUAUAAAUUUUAUCUUAUUUUUACAACAAACUAUUAUGUAUUUUAAUUGCUUGUGCCAUUUAAAAUUUUAGUAUUAUUGCUUGUACUUAUUUGUUUCUUUAUAGACUGAGAGCAGUGACGAUUUUAUUUUUUCGUAUUGGUGUAUAUGUUUAGCUGAAAUAAAAUUGUCUCUAGCUCUCGGACUAAUAAUUUAUACUGCAGGAUAAGCCAUCCAUAACAAUCUUGCAUGAGAAAUUUUAAGAGUUUCUUCGUUUUGGGUGGCCUAUAUAGUGAUGUAAAAAAUUAUUAUUUUCAAAUCAAUUCAGCAGGCGCAAAACGAGUUUUUGUUCGAUUUUUAUACUAUUUUAUAAAACUGUUAUGAACAGUAUUGUAUUAAAACAUUGUAUUGUACUUAUAGCUUUGUAGAAAAAUUAUAUUGUUAUAGCCUUUUAGAUUGAUAAGAAUAAAACGACUAAAGCUGUAUAAAACAGUGUGAGUGAAUAAAUUCCGUAAAUCUAAACGAGAUUUUUUUUCACAAGAAUCGCUCAAGAAUAGAUGAGGUUUGUCGAGUCUUGCGCAAGGGGGCAAAAAUUAUACAGAGUUUCUAAAUGGCAAUGCCUCUGUACUUUCAAAUAGACUCUAAAAGGUAUAUUCUUUUCACUCUUUGAAGGAGCAUAAAGCAAACAGAAAUGUUCUCCAUCUAAAUCAAUGUUUUGGGUUGGAGCUUUUUGAACUGUCUUUAUUUCAUUCCUGUUAUGUCAAUAAAUACACUUUAUUACUGAA